AUGCCUCCACCAGCGGAUGCAUCGUCGAUUCCUGUUCCCGAGGAGGCCUCGGGCAGCGUGUCGAGUUCCACGUCGCUCCCAUGGUCCAGUCUUCCUAAGUUCAUUCCUGGAACGACGAAUGUCCAGGAAUACACUCAAAAGAUGAAAUUCAUUGCCAGCAUCUGGCCAAAGGAGCAUCUUGAGGUGCUAGCGCCCCGUGCGGCGUUGUUGGUUGAAGGCGCGGCCUUCCACAAGCGAGCCCUCUAUGGCACCCUGCAGAAGAGCGACGAGAGCCACGACUCGUAUGUCGCCAGAUCAGAGGUGCAUUUUGAAGAGCUGCUUGCAAGGGGCACGACCCUUGAGGAGAUUCGAGCGUAUGUCCUUUUACGCCAGUCGACAUUGUCACCCGAUGACCGCAAGAAGAUUGUUCUUGACCAAGGUGGCAAGUUGAGGUAUCCUGAGGUCACUAAGGCCUUUCGUUUGCUGGGCAGCCGUUUUUUCCUAGAUUUGCAGGGCAACAAGAGUUCAAAGACUAAGGUCUAUGAUGUCAAUUUGACAGAAUGUGAUAGCGAACCGGCUUUUGCUGCCUCCCAUGAUGCAGAAUCAGGGGUCUCGCAUCCAGCGUCAUCGACGGAAGCACUCACCUUCUUGACUGCGUUGGACGACGAAGUUGAUGGAGAUUACAUUGAAGCACUAGUCGCCCAGAACGACGAGGACGCUUGCGCAGUGCAACAAUUCGAACAGGAAUUGGAAGAGUUUCUGCAGGACACUCCAUCGAUGCAUGAUGCAUUGGUGACCUACAUUGAUGCGAGACAGAAGUUGCAAGACAAGCGGAAGACCCGAGGAUUCUGGCCAGUGCAGUCGAGUUCAAAUCCCUACUCCAAAGGAGGAAAAAAGGGUAAGGCUGCAAAGGGAGGAGGCAAGGGAAAGAAGCGUGAACAGCUCUUGGCACGGAUCGCUAGAUCACAUUGUCGAGCUUGCGGUGAACGCGGACACUGGCGGGCUGAGUGUCCAAAUCGUGCCAACUCAAGCACCACUCAGACCCGUGAGAGUGCGAACCUGGCUGAAGCAUCUUUUGACUUAGGCAUUCCACCACUCUUGGAAAGCCUUUCGGAUCCAGCUGAAGAUGUUUUGGAAGUGUUUUCCGAUGCCUCUCAGGCCAGUGUCGAUCGACCAACCGAUUUCGAGAGCAUUGUUGAAGGGAGUAAGGGGAUUCGACAGGUGUCGGAGGUCCUAAUCCAAGUCCUCUCGAUGCUUCUGCAUUGCAGUCUCCAGAUCAUGGAGAAUCCGACAGCCAUCGAUGCCGAAGGGGACAUGCCGGUCAACGAACUCCAGACCAUGCUCAUCGAACUCCAGAGCCAACUCCAGAGCCAGAGGGCCAUGUUGGAAGAUGUUUUAGAACAGCUUCCAAAUCAGAGAGGCGCUUCCAGUCCGGCAAGAGCUGGAACAAUGCGCAAUCCUCCAUCACCGAGUCAAGCUCCAGGACUUCAAGCUCAAUCGGAGACCUCGGAGACAGCGUGGGAACUCAAGUCCAAGCCGUCACGACACCCGUUCCGACAAUGA